AUGAUGGGCUCCUGGCAAGAGCGUCAAAUCUGCGAUCGAGACCCCUACGCCUUCACCACCAACUCCAGCAGCAACAGCAACCACAGUCGCCAACGCCAGGAAUUCCUCCUCCCGAUCCUCUUCUACGCCUUUGCGCUGAUCAACUUCAUCCUCACGAUCCCCCGGUCCUGGUCGCCCAUCGAACACCAACGAAGCCCCGAGCAACAAGAACUCUCCGCCCGGCCUGUCGCAACAGAUCUCCGUUUCCGCGUCGCCGCAUUCAUGGCUCUCGCGGGUAUGCUGGUCAUCUGCUACGCCCUGGAACAUAGUAUCUAUCGCUACAAGGCCCGUCCGGCGAGUAUCCUCGGCCAACUGCUCUUCUAUCUUAACGAAGCGCCGUCGCAGUUCCUGGUUAUUAUUGCCUUGCUGGGCGUGAAGAUUGGGUAUGCGAUUGCGUCCGCGUUUGAUUGGUCCCUGUCGCCGUUACGGUAUGAUGUUGACUCUGGGUGGAUUUAUGGGCUGGGGUAUACGCCUGUUCUGUUAGUCAUUGUGGUCAUGAAUAUGUGUGGCUUUUGUGAGUUGAAUGAGGAUCAGGCGUUGAUUGCCCGGCGUGGGGAUCUUGAAGCUGCGCGCGCGAGCAAGUUCGGGAUCGGUCAGAAGAAACCGAGUUGGUGGGACGCUGGGCGGUGGACGACGUUCGCGAGGGAUGUUGUUGAUCGGCCAUCUUCGCCGGAUAAGGGGGAUCUGGACCAUUUUGUUGAGAUGGGGGUUAUUAAACCUAGGGCGCGGAGUGAGGGGCAGGUAGAAGGGGAGGAGAAACCGAGUGAUGGGACUCGUGUGACUACUCGGAUGGCUAGUCAGGGGAGUGAGUCGAGUAGUGCUGGGAGUGUCUCGCCGGAGAGGAUGGAGGUUGUCGUACAGGAGGGUCAUCGGGGGAAUUUCUCGGAUGAGACGUUGACGGAGAAUCCAUUGCCACCGAUGGGGAGGAAUUAUCAUUUGGAUUAA